AUGGCCUCUGAAACGGCCUUCACCUCCAUCCGUCGCCGUCUCACGGUCAGCAAGCACCGCAGGACGUCGUCGUCGUCGUCGGCCUCGUCGGUCGGGUCCUCCCAGUCCGUGGCGUCCGCCAACACACCACCGUCAACUCCUCCCCUCGGCGCGGGCGUGUCCCUCCCUCCCUCACCGCCGACUCUGCACUCGGCUUCGGCCCACUCGUCGUCUCCCCGAGUGCGCGGUCGCAUCAUCUCGGCGCCCGUCCUCAUCGUGACCGACGACCACACAGACGCCACGGCCACCGGCGGUCUUCCUCCUCGCAUCGCCCCGGCACCUCCACUAAAGGACAUGGCACAGCCCUCGGUCCCAGCUGCCUGGCGUCAGGACCUGCUCACCCUUGCACGCAGCUACAAGUCGCUCGCAGCCAACAGCGACCGUCGCAGCGACCUGGACGCCGUGGUGGCCAGCAUUGCCGACCCGCAGGUCAGCGAGCGCCAGGCCCUCGCUGUUCUCCGUGCCUACCUGGACUCUGUGCACCGCGUCCAGACGAUCCAGCGUACUGCUCGCUCAUCACACGCCCGCGCCGAGCAGUUUGGCAUUGCCCUCUAG